AGGUAUUGUGUGCGGUAAGCGGUGCUGUCAGUGCGGGAGAGAUGACACAGUCUAUAGUUGUACAAGUUGGGCAGUGUGGAAAUCAGAUUGGGUGCAGGUUCUGGGACCUUGCAUUGAGAGAACAUGCUUCCGUCAACAAGAAAGGAAUUUACGAUGAAGCUCUGUGCAGCUUUUCUAGAAAUGUUGAUACAAGGUAAGGGUUAUUGUUCAUGCAGAAAAAUAAGAAACUUUAAAUCUGCUGCUUGCACAGCCCUGAAAAACUAUUGUGCAUAAUCUGAAGAACUGGAUGUCAGUGCUAU